AUGGGCCAGAACAAUGGCAACUUCCCGGCCAAUCUCCCCAAACUCGAUGGCAAGAACUGGCGCAACUGGUGUGUCCAGAUGAAGGCGAUAAUGGGUUAUCAAGAAGUCACCGAAAUUGUGGAGGAAGGUCUCUCAGCGUUACCAGAGGGAGCCACAGAAGCGCAACAAGCGGCGCACAAGGCCAUGAAGAAACUCGAUUGCAAAGCCCUGUUUUUGCUCCAUCAAUGCGUAGACGCUGCACACUUUGAAAAAAUUUCUGCUGCGACGAAUGCUCGCGAUGCUUGGAGGAUUCUUGAGAAGGCCAACGAUGGUGCAGACCAGUUGAAGAAAGUGAAACUCCAGACGCUUCGUCGCCAAUACGAAUUGCUGCAAAUGGAGGCAAAUGAGAGAAUUGCAGAUUAUUUCACAAGGAUUCUGAGCCUAACAAAUCUGAUGAAGGGUUUUGGAGAAACAAUUACAGAUUUGUCAAUUGUUGAGAAAGUUCUUCGAACCCUAGCCCCAAAAUUCGAUCAUAUUGUGGUGGCAAUUGAGGAAUCCAAGAAAUUGGAGGAUCCGAAGGUUGAAGAACUACAGGGUUCUCUGGAAGCCCAUGAACAACGCCUAUUGGAAAGGUCACAGGAACGAUCUACAGAUCAAGCCUUGCAGGCUCAGACAUCCAAGAAAGGGAAAUCGUGGAAGUAUGAUCAGAAUCAUGGAAAGGGGAAAGAUGUCAAGAGCAAUUCUGGAAAAGGGUCUUAUCAGGAUCAAGGAAAGCCACAAAAUUCAAAACAAGACAAGCCUGAAUCUUCAAGAAGAGGAGGGUUUCGAAGUGGCAGAAAGAAAAUUGACAGGAAAAAGCUUCGUUGCUUUAACUGUCAAAAGAUUGGGCAUUUUUCCAGUGAAUGCAAGACAACACCAGUUCAAGAUGAUCAACAUGAGAAGAGGCGCAAAGAUGAAGCUAACAUGGCCAAGGAGGAUGAAGAUGAUGAACAUCCUCUGUUACUCAUGGCAACCACUGAUCAAGAGACUUGCAAUUCACUCAUGGUGCCCACUGAUCAAGAGCCUUGCAAUUCACUCAUGAUGAACACUGAUCAAGUGUCUUGCAAUUCUGAGAAGUGGAAGUGGUAUAUUGAUUCUGGGUGUUCCAAUCAUAUGACUGGACACAGAGAAUGGUUGAUCAAUUUUGAUCCUAGGAAGAAGAGCAGUGUGCGUUUUGCAGAUGAUAGAACCAUCACUGCAGAAGGAAUGGGUGAUGUGCUGGUUACAAGAUCUGAUGGAAAGGAGGCUCAGUUAGGAACCAAUUUAUGA